UCUUUUCCUUCUGCUACGUCAAGUGCUACAAGUGGAAGGAAUGUCAAGUUGCGGCCAACCUUCAAAACGAUGCCGCUGUCCCGCCGGCCAACUAAAGCAUCCAUCAAAAAAUCAUUACAAAAACUUCGGUUUCAUAAAGAGCUACCGUCUCGUUCAGUGACCUCUGAUCAUGUCGAGUAUAUAAGUGGGAACGAAUACCAUCCUCCGCCCCUUCGCACUGAAACGACGCUACAGAAGUCUCCACAUGAUUCCGGUAAACGAGAGCUCGUCACUGAUUGCGAUGGACAAGAAUCUUCCGAAGAUUCAGACGAUUCAACCUUGACAUAUGUUGGCUCAAAAUCUUGGAAUAGCGGCGACACUAGUUACGUCCCGAGAACUCUCGCGCACCAACAAGGAGAGAUCUGGAUUCCGCCCGAGCAGGUGUAUCUCAUGCAAAAUGAAAGUGUGUCACCGAGCGCAGAUUUGUGCGAGUCUUGCUCUCAGCUGAAUCUCGAAGCGAUUGCCCGAGGUGAUGGCAGAGCGGGCAAGGACGCAAGAGCUUUCUCCCUGCAGACUCUCGGUACCAUCAACAGAACAUGGUUUCAGCGGACGUGCCGCUUGUGUCGAUUCUUUGCUGACAUCUGGGAGUUGCACAAAUCGUAUUUGCGAGGUGCAUCUUCAUGCCUUGUCUUACUCUCUAGCCUACAUUUGUCCAAAUAUGCAGGAUCUGAUCAAAUCCGUGGUGGACAAUAUCACCGGCCUAUUCUUCUUCUUUCGCAUCCCCAACCUGAACGCAGCUUCGAUGUAGACAGCACUACUCUAGAUAACCUUGAUGUCGUCGGGCCAAUCUUCAUCAAGGGUUGUCAGACCACAGGCAGUAAUAUAUCUGCGCGGGUCAUUGAUGCUCACCGGGUAGACUUUUCAAUUAUCAAAGCUUGGCUCCGGAUUUGUGCUACUCAUCACGGAAGCUCCUGUUGCACUCCUACUGCUUCAAACCUUCACGGCUUGCAACUACUCAAUUGCAAGACCGGAAAACUUGAGCCAUACACUCCUGGAGCGAGAUUCGUAGCGCUGAGCUAUGUUUGGGGAGCAAACGUUGACGAUCAGAGAAACCAAGAUGUCGUCCAAAAUAAGUGCGUCUUUCCACAGACAAUACAAGACGCUUUAACCGUCACAGCGGAGAUCGGGUUUCAGUACCUUUGGGUCGAUCGAUAUUGCAUACCACAGCUGGACGAGCAAGCCAAGCACCUGCAGAUAGCCAGUAUGGAUCUGAUAUACAACCGCGCCACAUUGACCAUAAUUGCAGCAUGCGGACAGGACUCCAGCUCUGGUCUUCCAGGUAUUAGCCGAUGCAGAGUUACUCAGCCCAAUGUUACCGUUGGUGACUAUCAUCUAAUAUCUGGCCUUUCAAGUCCGGUUGUGGAUGUGAGGAACUCAACGUGGAUGGGCCGAGGCUGGACGUACCAGGAGGCACUGCUUUCCAAGAGAAGACUGAUAUUCACCGAGAAGCAAGUGUACUUUGAAUGUGAGAAAAGCACGUUUAUGGAGACGCUCACUGAGCCCGAAGAUAGCAUGUCUACGUUUCCAGAUGAAUCUCUCGAGCCCAAAGCAUUGUACGAUCACAUCGGCGUCCGUGUGCAUGUACGACAUCGGCUCUUCCCAUCUGAUUUUCUAGGCCAGAUAGAGGAGUCUCCUUGGUUGAUUCAGCACCGCAUUGCGGAGUACACCACCCGAUCUUUGACAUACGAGUCCGACACUCUGAGCGCCUUUCUCGGUGUUCUCAGGCAAGUCGCUGCCCCUGGAUGCACGGUGUCACACAUCUGGGGCGUGCCAGUUCUCUGGUCCUCUCCAGAAUGGUCUUCUAUGGAAGGCUUCGCAACGGGGCUAUGCUGGGUAGGGUUUUUCCCGACAACCCAAUUUCUGGAGCGGCGCCCGGGAUUCCCGAGCUGGUCGUGGGCCGGUUGGAGAAUGCCCAUAUCGCCAAAAAGUAAUUUCUAUCGCUAUGGCUUCAAGAUGCCGUACGAAAUCAAGAUUGCCGUUGAAACCGAAGAUGGGCAAGUGUUAGACUGGGCGACCUUCCAGGGAAAACGUCAAAUAUCUCUUUCCAAAAAUAGUUCAGUCCCGUCACAAUUCCUUCACAUUGAAUGCUGGUCACUCAGAUGCUCACUUUUUGCACCGCGACACUUUGCUGGUUUCGAUAAAGCUCUUGACACGAAAGCGUCAUUACGGUCUCACUGGUCGCUAAGAAUCUGGGGCAGUAGUGAAAAGCUUCAUAAUGUUGUUAUGCACAAGCAAUACUCGAAUCGGGAAUGGGGAAGGCGCAAGCUUGACAUAUGGACUAUCCUCAUCAUCGGCAAUACACAGGAUCCCAUCGCAGGGGGCUCCCUGUAUUAUGAGCAAUCUCCGCCUUUUGGUCCGUUUUUCAUGAUUGUCGAAGAUAUAGGUAGUCAUUUUGAGCGUGUUGGAUAUUUGGAUCUAGCUCAUUCGUCGUUGAACACGGGUCCUAGAAUAAAUUUGUCGAGACAUUUGGUCGACAUGGAAAGGCGCUCUUUUAGAUUGGGAUGAAGAAGUUCCCUUGAUUAGAUGGCCGGACAGUAGCAGAGAAAGACUAACGAGGAAAGGAUGUACUUUAUUUGUUACGCCCUCGACUUCAACGGGAUUUGAUUUCCAUUGUACCAAUCACCGGUUGUCGUAGGGAAGCGAUCACAUUUGUUUAAGGAAGUAUACUGAGGCGAUGAUGAUCCGCAGACACAUACAGCUCAUGUAUCCACUCUGAGAAGAGGAUCAAAGUAUUGUAAUGAGGUUGAGGAUAUGUAUGCAGCCUGUUGAUUCUUGCUUCGCUUAGCGAAUGGUAAACAUGCGACAAGGCCAAAUCGGCGGAAGAACGUUUCCUGUAUCAAGCCUCAAACUGUUUAAAGAUAGUAACCAUCACCUG